CGGCCUUUCAGAAGCUUUGUGUGGACCUGCAUGCGAUGACGGAAUCUGAAAGCGACAAGAGUGAGUGAUCAGAAAGCAUAGCCAAUUCCGACACUGCAAAAGGCUGUGAGGUAUUAUCCCAGCUCAUGACUCCACCAAGUCGGUCCCAUCGCCAAUUUCGCUGAGAUCGAUGGUCCACGAAAUCGCCUUGUCUUCCCUCGCCUGAGUGGCUCCAAGUCCAUAUCAAAUCCCACAAAGACUGACAAGCUUUGGAAAAGAACGGAGGAAAGAUGCCUCUACCUUCCUCAUCACCUUCCUCUUCCCAGAAUUCGAAGCACAAACAGUCGACCCUCGCGAGCUUUUUUACCAAGAAGUCACAGCCCCUUCAACACGGUUCGGCCAACAACGUCGAUCGACAGACGAAGCCUACGGGCAAUGGUCCGGAGGGCACGACACCCUCUCGAAAAACACGAACUCGGCAGGAUAUUUUGACACAUGACAAGAAUGAUGAUAACGAGGACGAGGAUGAUAUAGUGGCACCGGCUCCAAAACGAAGUAGGCUGAACGGGUCUCAUUCUCAAGGGAAUGGCCAGCAGAAAGGCCCCUUGGUCGUGGAAGAACAUGUUCAUAUGUUGCAGAGUAGCCAGCGGACGGAUCUCUCCAAAUUCGCUAGCUCACCCGCCUCUACACCAGGAACCGGGAGACAUCAAACCCUGAACUCUGCGGAAGCAAAACCGAGGCAGAAAGAACUAGAUGACUUACAUCAGAGAUUUGUGCGCCGGCUGGGUGGUGCAGAUUGUUUGAUAGGCAUUAACAGGCAUUCUGCCCCUACGGCUGAUGCUCUUUCUGCCGAGGACCUUGCUGAAGGGGAGGAAGAUGAGGAUCCAGCGCCCCCUCCUCCUUCUAAAGGCAAAUCUGCUGGCAAGAAGGGUGCUAGUAAGCUUACACCGCUGGAGAGACAGGUUAUCGACAUAAAGCGUAAGCAUAGGGAUGCUGUCCUGGUGGUGGAGGUCGGCUACAAGUUUCGGUUCUUCGGUGAGGACGCAAGGAUCGCGGCCAAAGAGUUGUCAAUCGUUUGCAUUCCGGGAAAGCUUCGAUUUGACGAGCAUCCUUCAGAGGCACACCUCGAUCGAUUUGCGUCUGCCAGCAUACCUGUCCAUCGACUACAUGUGCAUGUCAAGCGAUUGGUUGCUGCUGGCCAUAAGGUUGGGAUUGUGAGACAGGUUGAAACGGCCGCGUUGAAAGCGGCCGGCGACAACCGCAACGCGCCGUUUGAGCGUAAACUCACAAGCUUGUACACGAAAGGUACCUACAUCGACGAUGUUGAUGGUCUAGAAGGACCUAUGCCUGCAGCAUCUGGUGGUGCUUCUCCCGCAACAGGAUAUCUGCUUUGCAUCACUGAGACAAAUGCACAAGGUUGGGGUAAUGAUGAGAAGGUCCAGGUGGGCAUUGUCGCUGUGCAGCCUGCUACAGGAGACAUAAUCUAUGAUGACUUUGAAGACGGGUUCAUGAGGACGGAAAUCGAAACCAGGUUACUCCAUAUCGCACCAUGUGAGUUGUUGAUUGUGGGAGACUUGUCCAAAGCUACAGAGAAGCUGGUUCAGCAUUUGUCGGGUAGCAAGUUGAAUGUCUUUGGUGAUAAGACCCGUGUGGAACGGGCUCCCAAAUCGAAGACCGCGGCAGCCGAGUCUCACAGUCAUGUCUCGAGCUUCUAUGCUGGAAAGAUCAAGGCAGCUAAUGCUGAAGACGAUGCGCAGGCGAGUAGCCUGCUUCAGAAGGUGGUGAAUCUACCCGAGCAGAUCACUAUCUGCUUGUCCGCUAUGAUAACCCAUAUGAAAGAGUACGGCCUGGAGUACGUUUUCCAGCUAACGAAAUACUUUCAACAUUUCUCUUCACGAUCGCAUAUGCUCCUCAAUGGGAACACCCUUAUGAGUCUGGAGAUUUACCAGAAUCAGACUGACCAUACUACGAAAGGCAGUCUCUUCUGGACACUUGAUCGAACACAGACCCGUUUUGGGCAAAGAUUGCUUCGGAAGUGGGUCGGGCGCCCUUUGCUGGACAAAGCGACCCUUGAAGCAAGGGUCAACGCUGUUGAAGAGCUGCAAAGCGCGGGAAGGACUGUCAUAGUCGAGCGACUUAAGAGUCUGUUUGCAAAGAUCAAAAGUGACUUGGAGAAAAGCUUAAUUAGGAUAUUCUAUGGGAAGUGCACUCGUCCUGAGCUCCUCACUGUACUCCAAACAAUGCAAAUGAUUGCGCAGGAGUUUGCGGAUAUCAAAAGCCCCGCAGAUGCUGGAUUUGACUCGCCUGAGAUAAAUGAAGCUAUCGCCUCUCUUCCUACAAUCCUGGAUGAUGUUGUAUCAUUUUUGGACAAGAUCAACAUGCACGCAGCAAGAAAUGAUGAUAAGUAUGCAUUUUUUCGGGAGGCUGAAGAAACCGAUGACAUUAGUGACCACAAAUUGGGAAUCGCAAGCGUUGAGCAUGAUUUACAAGAACACCGCAUCGUAGCCGGUGAAAAGCUCGGCAAGAAGACAGUGGAGUAUAAGUCUGUUGCGGGCAUUGACUAUCUUAUCGAAGUUGAAAAUAGUUCACCCUUCAUCAAGAAGGUACCUGCAUCAUGGGCGAAAAUCAGCGGCACUAAAAAAGUGUCGCGGUUCCACACACCCGAGGUUAUUCAACUUAUUCGACAACGAGACCAGCACAAAGAGGCGCUGGCUGCGGCUUGCGAUAGGGCCUUCCGUGCCCUUCUUGCAGAGAUAGCCGCCAAAUAUCAAAGCUUUCGUGACUGUCUACAAUCUUUAGCCACACUGGAUUGCUUGAUAUCCCUUGCUACCAUCGCGGGCCAACCUGGAUAUGUGAAGCCUCAAUAUACUGAAACCACGUGCAUCACGGUCGAGCAAGGUCGCCAUCCUAUGGUUGAGCAGUUACUGCUGGACAGCUACGUGCCGAAUGAUAUCAAAUUGGAGAGCGAGAAGACCCGCGCGCUCCUAGUGACUGGUCCCAACAUGGGCGGUAAGUCCAGCUAUGUACGUCAGGUUGCCCUGAUUGCCAUUAUGGGACAGAUUGGGUCAUAUGUGCCUGCGGUGUCUGCAAAGCUUGGAAUGCUUGACGCCGUGUUUACUCGCAUGGGAGCUUUUGAUAAUAUGCUAGCAGGAGAGUCCACCUUCAUGGUUGAGCUCUCCGAGACGGCGGAUAUACUCAAGCAAGCGACCCCUCGAUCGCUCGUCAUACUCGAUGAACUAGGCCGGGGAACGUCAACUCAUGACGGUGUCGCAAUUGCCCAAGCGGUUUUGGACUAUAUGGUUCGGUCUAUCAAAAGUCUCACGUUGUUCAUCACACACUACCAACACCUCUCAGGACUCGCCCAGUCGUUCCCGGCCAAUGAAUUAAGAAACGUGCACAUGCACUUCACCGAAUCAGGGACCGGCCAGGAUGAGGAGAUCACAUUCCUGUACGAAGUGCGGGAAGGAGUUGCGCAUCGAAGUUAUGGACUCAAUGUGGCGCGAUUGGCCAACCUUCCUGGUCCGCUCUUAGAGCAAGCGCGCCAGAAGAGUAAGGAGCUUGAGCAGAAGAUCCGUUGCAGGAAAGUGGCAGGUCUUGUGUCGGCAGUUGAAAGGGUAGUGGGGGAUUUCAAUGGUGGCGACGAGGGCUUGAUGGACCGGCUUAUGAGCAGCGCGGAGCAGCUGUAGUUGACAUCACUUAGCGUUGUUUUAGCACUCUGCUCAUGACCCUUGAUGCAGGGAGCGCUGGAAAAUUGGCAGAUAACGGUCAUUAUGUACAAACUUAACAA